GAUAUAUAGUUGACUAACUGCAGAAAUAUAUAACAGACUUUAACCCCGCUAGCAGCGAUCGAUUAGCAUUCCUUUCUAGCCGCUUUGCAUUAUGGGAAAGCGGGACGUUCAAAUCAUCUUCCGGUUUUUUGGUUCGUUGUUUUGUGUGUAUCAUGGAGGGGAGAGGCAGUGCUGUCAAUACUCCUGCAUGCAGACCUAGGACUCGAAGAAGCAAGAGUUAUGGUCGGAGCUGUGUGGAAGCACCUUCAUAUUUCUGGCAGUCACCAGGACAUUUAACAGUUCUGAGGGUCCCGACCAGCAGAGGGGCUGCAAAAUCACAAAUCAUUACAGAAAAAGUUGAUCCGGAGCACAUUGCUCUUUUGGUGAAAAAUGAGUGGAAGCUGUCCUAUGUCACCCCUUUGCAUAACUUUAAACAUACACAACUGAAGUUAUAUUCCAGACAUCUCUCAGCAUUCAUCGUGGCAGAAAAACAGCAAGGAGUUGCAGUUGAAGUGGGUUUAGAGGUGGGAUUUACUGUCACGUUUACUGCCGUUAUUGGCAUGGCUGAGACAGAGGAAGAUGCUGAGACUGUUUUCAUUCAGAUCCAGUCCAAGCCUAUGUUUGCUGCAGCAGGAGAUGCACCAAAAGUGGUUUGGCGUGGUUGGCUCACGUGUGUCAACGGUGAUCCGGAGUACCUGAGGUCUCUGCCUCCUGAUUUUGUCAGCUUACCUCUGUUUUGUACGAGUGGACCAGAGUCUCUUACGGCCUUGGUUAAGUCUUGGUUCGAAAGAGCUUUCGAUUGUAACUUCGGUUCUUUGAGUUUGAAUUCGACCACUCUCAAUUGGCUGGCUGCUCUGUGGACCGGCUGCCAUCCCACUUGUAAUAUCAGGUAUCUGAAGUUGGAGUGGAAGCUACCAACACAGCCUCCCUUGGAUGUCUCGUACAACAUAAACCCACAAGAUGCAUGGGGGCUCUGGAACAGCAUUCAUCCGGAGGAAAGCGCAGACGACAGGAUUGAUAUCAAGGAGGUUCAGUCGUUCAUGAACGGGCUGGAGACUCAUUUUUUCAGACAUUUUAAGAUCUACCUGUCUGCUGGAAUGCUUGUUAAGGUAUCCACUGCUCUUGGAUCAGCGCAUGUUGAUGGGAAAAUUAAGAUCGGAAAUAGCGACUACAUCACCACCUUACUAACACUGCUGACAGAAUGUGCCCUUCUGAAAAUGCCAACCUAAUAUCUGCCUUUUUUU